CACAAAGCUCUCAUCGAAGCUACCCCGCCUCCCACCAAGCAUUCUGCGCCAUGGCAGCUCCAAAGGACAAGCAGGAUAUCCCCCAGGAUGGCACAGGCGUCAUCCAGCUAGACCCAUGGCUAGCCCCAUUUGGCGACACCCUGAAGCGGCGAUACUGGAAAGCUCAGGAAUGGAUCAAGGUCAUUAACGAAAAAGAAGGUGGCUUUGACAAAUUCUCCAAGGGCACUGAUAUCUUUGGCUUCAACGUGGAUGAGAAGAAUAAUGUCAUAUAUCGCGAGUGGGCGCCAAACGCCGAACAGGCAUAUCUCGUUGGAGAUUUCAACGGUUGGAAUUACACAUCUCACCCAAUGAAGAAGAAUGCAUUCGGAGUGUUCGAGAUUAUAGUCCCACCCAAGGGCAGCGAGAAGGCGAUACCCCAUAACUCUAAAGUCAAGAUAUCCCUUGUUCUCCCCGGGGGUCACAGAAUCGAUCGCUUGCCAGCGUGGAUUAAAUAUGUCACCCAGGACCUUUCUGUGUCACCCGCAUAUGACGCUCGAUUUUGGAGCCCAGCGCCGUCCGAAAAAUACUCGUUCCAGCAUCCACGGCCACGCAAGCCGGAGAGCAUCAGAAUAUAUGAAGCUCACGUCGGAAUUUCAUCGCCAGAGCAGCGCGUCACGACAUAUGACGAGUUUACUGAAAAUGUGCUACCCAGAAUCAAAGACCUUGGUUAUAAUGCUAUUCAACUGAUGGCUAUUAUGGAACAUGCCUACUAUGCUAGCUUUGGAUACCAGGUCAACAGCUUUUUUGCUGCCAGUAGCCGAUAUGGAACUCCCGAGGGAUUGAAAAAGCUCGUCGAUACUGCCCACAAGAUGGGAAUUGUCGUGCUCCUGGACGUGGUUCACAGCCAUGCGUCAAAGAACGUGCUUGAUGGCCUCAAUCAAUUUGAUGGUACGGACCACCAGUACUUUCACAGCGGAGGAAAAGGUAACCACGACCUUUGGGAUAGCAGACUCUUUAACUAUGGCCACCAUGAAGUCAUGCGAUUUUUACUGAGCAAUCUCCGAUUCUGGAUGGAUGAAUAUCACUUCGAUGGCUUCCGUUUUGAUGGUGUCACCAGCAUGCUCUACCUACACCAUGGAAUUGGAACUGGCUUUUCCGGUGGUUACCAUGAAUAUUUCGGACCUGAUGUUGAUGAAGAAGCUGUUGUGUAUCUGGCGCUUGCCAAUGAGAUGCUUCACUCGCUCUAUCCCGACUGUAUCACAGUCGCCGAAGACGUGUCAGGAAUGCCAGCCCUGUGUCUUCCGCUAUCACUUGGUGGCAUAGGAUUCGACUACCGACUUGCUAUGGCCAUUCCUGACAUGUGGAUCAAGAUUCUCAAGGAAAAGAAAGAUGAAGAUUGGGAUCUUGCCAACAUUUGCUUCACUUUGACCAACAGACGCCAUGGUGAAAAAACCAUUGCGUAUUGCGAAAGUCACGAUCAAGCACUUGUCGGAGAUAAAACAUUGAUGAUGCAUUUGUGCGAUGCAGAAAUGUAUACUAACAUGUCGACUCUAUCACCAUUGACACCAGUAAUUGAUCGUGGAAUGGCACUACACAAGAUGAUUCGACUUCUUACCCAUGGUCUGGGCGGAGAGGGGUACCUUAACUUUGAAGGGAAUGAGUUUGGUCAUCCCGAAUGGUUAGACUUCCCUCGAGCAGGCAACAACAAUUCUUUUUGGUAUGCUCGUCGACAGUUUAACCUCACAGAAGAUGACCUGCUGCGAUACAAAUUCCUGAACACCUUUGACAAGCUGAUGAACCAGUGUGAAGCCCAAUAUGGCUGGCUGCACGCGCCCCAGGCCUACAUCUCCUUGAAGCAUGAAGGCGACAAGGUGAUUGUAUUUGAGAGGGCUGGGGUUGUUUUCAUUUUCAACUUCCAUAAAGACCGAAGCUUCAGCGACUACCGUAUCGGAAUCGAAGUUCCCGGAACCUACAAAGUGGUGCUGAACAGCGACGCGGAAAGAGUUGGCGGCCAUAACAGGAUUGACGAAGAGACUCGUUUCUUCACAACUGCCAUGGAAUGGAAUGGAAGGAAGAACUGGACGCAUGUUUAUAUUCCUUGCCGAUCCGCACUGGUACUGGCACUGGAGAGCCCAGCAACUCAGUAAUGUGCAGAUUUAUAGUCUGAAGGUAGCUAGCUGUCGAAUGAUGGAUAUUCACAUUGAGCGAUGCCAAUAUAAAAGGAGGUCAUUUAAAUGC